GUUUCGCAAGGCGACGUCAAUGUCGUCGAUGAUGUGAUGAACGAACUCAGCAUGUGAGGUGUGGUUAUAAACGUCUCAUUUAUAUGAAAGCACGUAUACAGAAUCACAAGUUCUUUCUGGGAGAAAACUGGUUGGAAAUAAUUGAAAUAUGCGAAAUUAAAUUUGCGGACAAAAGUGAAUUAGUUCAAGUGAAGAUCAGAUCGUCAUCGAUUCGUUCGGACACUCAAGUCUCUGCAAUCGCUGAUCCACAACAUCUCGACCAACUUACAGCGCCAAUCACGUGAUUUCACUGAUGCGAGAAAGCGCUUAGUUCAAAUUGAGAUAGAGGAAUUUACAUUGAAUCGAUCGGAGAAAACAUGAGACAGAUGUAGAUAAGGAUUUUUCACUCAUUGCAACAUAGAAAAAAAAAUAAAGCUCGUUCCAUCUCUUAUUCUCAGCCUUGUUCUCAUCUCGGAAGACAAAUUUGAACAUCUCGAAGAGGAAUUUGAAAAACGAAACUAAUCGCGAAUAUCUCUGACCUCGAGUCACCGAAUGAUAAGCGACGAGAAUCUGGAGCUAGAUACGAUUGUGUCGAGGCAACGAAUAAACAUUUGUAAUUUAUGCAGCUAGUCACGUUCGAUAAGGUGAACCGAGAGAGAUAAAGUUGUUUGACCGAUCGUGAUCAUUGAAAAAUUAUCGCAGACAAUAUGUUGAUCGUGGUUCGUAGAGUGAUGUUCAGUCGCUUCUGCGGACUUCUAAGCGUGUCGUCGCGCGCGUGCAUCGUUAAAGGAAAAAUGUCCACCGGAUACCAGGAUCAUGAUCAGAAGGUCGUUCCCAAGGAUGAAGUUAUCAGAUUUAUCCAGGAUUGCAUGCGCAAGGCCGGCACCACCGUCGAAGACGCACACGCCGUCGCUCAUCAUUUAAUGACGGCGGACUAUAGAGGUCACUUUAGCCACGGAAUGAAUCGGAUGCAGAUGUAUGUAAAGGAUAUCGAGAACAGGUUCACCGAUCCUACUGCCCGGCCGCAGAUCGUCACUGAUUUUCAGGCAAUAGCUCUCGUGGACGGGAAAAAUGGGCUGGGCCAAGUGGUCGGCAAAUAUUGCAUGGAGCUCGCCGUGGAGAAGGCCAAGAAAUUCGGCAUCGGCAUGGUGGCGGCACGCAACUCCAAUCACUUCGGCAUCUGCGGCUAUUACACCAUGAUGGCGAUGGAGCAAGGCCUGAUCGGUUUCAACUGCACCAACACGAGUCCGAUAAUGGCACCGACGCGCGGCAUGAAAGCCGGAUUAGGGACGAAUCCGUUGUCCUUGGGCAUGUCCACGGGCGACGGCGAUGAAUUCCUUCUCGACAUGGCGACCACCGCCGUUGCCCUGGGUAAGAUCGAGUUGGCCAUUCGGAAGGGCGAUGACAUCCCCGAGGGCUGGGCCCUCGGAUCUGACGGGAAAGUGACUCGCGACGCCGAGGAGGCUUACAAAGCUUCCAUGCUGAUGCCUCUCGGCGGCGCAGAAUGCAGUUCCGGGUACAAGGGUUACGGUCUGAGCCUGAUGGUCGAGAUACUUUGCGGAAUCCUAACCGGGAGUCACUUCGGACCCAACAUUCGCGCUUGGAAGACCAACGAUAGAAUCGCUGAUCUCGGACAAUGUUUUAUGGCUAUUAAUCCGGAAGCGUUCGCGUGCGGAUCGAAGGAAAGAUUGUCGACCUUGCUCAAACAGCUGAGAGAUUUGCCCGUCGCUGGAGAAAAGCCUGUCCUGAUCGCCGGUGACCCCGAAAGAUGUCAUAUGGAAAUGGUUGACAGAGAGGGUGGGAUCACGUAUCAUCCGAAUCAGUUGAAGGACUCGGCAGAAUUCGCUAAGCAUAUGGGCGUGCAGCCGAUGAAACUUGUUUCUAAAUCCGUUUGACAUCAUUUAUUAUAUUAUAUAUUUCAUUUAUAAACGAAAAGAUCGAUAAACUAAACUAUUUUUUAUGUCCCGUUGUUAGUUCGAUUUUUCUAACAUGGAAUACGUAAGAUAAUUGAAAGUUAAUUAAAGCCAAUUUGUAGUCAGUGAACAAUCAUUAAAUCAUCAUUUAUAUACACAUAUAUAUAAUAUUUUAUUUUAUUUGUUAGACAUAUUUUUAUUUAUAUGUUCUAUAAAAUAAAAAUUGACUUCUUUAAAUAUCUGAAAGGACACAUAACGAAACUAUUGAUGUAAGAUUUAUGUAAAGCUGACAUUUAUUUCAAUUACUGAAUGAUACGAAUCAUGUUUAUUGCAAGGUAAAGCAGUUUGCGUGUGUAAUUCGAUGAUUUGAUGAAGGCUACGAUGUUCACUACGAUGACAUAACUAAUGUUGCGAUUUGAUCGCCGGUCGAUGACGAUGACGACCUUGGACUUGCUCGCUCGUUCUCGAUUACAGUUGUUACGUCUUUGCGAGUGGGUGUUACAGAUAAUAUAAGACUUGGCGGAUUAUUGAAAGCAAAUAAGUCGCAAAACAUUGAAGAUUACAAAUUCAUAAAUUGAUUACACUUUCUUCUAGCGUAUAUAAAUAUGUUUAAAAAGUGUAUUUUAAGUGCGUACAUUAUAAGAAAAUAUGUUAUAAAACAUGAAUAUAUUUUUAUAUAAAAUA